AUUAUUAUUGAAUUUAAUGAGGCGCGCCCAUUUAAACAUGUGCCUCGACUAUCAAAUACCCAUCCACCUAAUAUUAUUAUUAAAAUAUCAGUAAAGAGUAUAAUCAUUAUAUCCGCUUUAAAGCGAAACAAACAUGAACGUAUUUUAUUCAUUUCAAUGGACUGUUAACUGUUGGCCAACAAUGAGGCUUAAAUCAAAUCCGAUGGGUGUGUGGUCGUGUGUGGCCAUCGUUUUAAUGUUCUGCGAUUCAAAUGCAUUGUUUAAGUUUAAAAAUAUCAAGUGUACUUGCUAUGAGAAGUCGUUUUGCGAACUAAAGCGUUGCGAAUUAAAGGUCCUGGGUCGCGGCAUCGUUGGUCUCUUCUUGCAUGCCCAGACUCAUCAGCUGCCCAUUAACAAAUCGACGUGCAUUCUAUCGCUAUACCGAAGGUUCAAUGGAUACAGGCCGUUCCUUUACAAUAUAACCGUUGAUAUUUGCAGUUUUCUCAAAAAUCGAAAACGCUAUCCGUUUGUGGACUUAGUAUACGACGGUAUAAGGAACUUUAGCAACGUAAAUCACUCCUGCCCAUACAAUCAUGACAUAAUUGUGAACCGAAUGGUACUAAAUGACAAUAUGAUCGUUAAGGUCCCUGUUCCGAGUGGUUUCUACAAACUAAUGUUUAUAUUGAAAACAGAUGGCAUUUGGCGGGGCGAAGUUGAGGUUUACGUUGAGGUUAAUCUGGGAUACGAUCGUUAAAGAUACAAAGAUACAAGGUAUA